GCUCUCAAAUCAGAACAAAACAAACAACUGAGCAGACGCAGCGCGAUGGCGUCCCCCGUCUGCACCACCAACGCCGCCGCCGGCACCCGCGCGGGCCACGGUCUCCCCGUCCCGCGCGGCGGGCCGCCGCCGCCCUCCGCGCCCGCCGUCCUCCGCCGCCGCACCCUUCCUACGCGAGGGUUGAGCCUGCGCUGCGCCUGCGCGGAUUGGUCCGAGCCGGCCUUCGUGACCGUCGCGGAGAAGCUCGACGCGGCGGCUGCGAGGAAGGCGCGAGCAUUCGCCGGGGCCGGCGGCGACGAGGAGAAGGGCCAGGUCGAGGCCUUCAACGGUGUGAGCAGUGGCGCGGUCGAGGAGCACCCGGUGGCGGUGCCGUUCGCGCCGUUCGAGCAGAGCUUGGUGGCCGUGGACAGUGUAGUAGGGGACAACGACGCGCUUAGUCAGGCGCUCGGCAGUAAGCUGGGCUUCAAGGAGAUUUCUACAUAUGCGAUAUAUGGCACUGGUGCUUUCUUUGCUGGGUGGUUCCUGUCAGCUGUUGUUUCAGUACUUGAUUCCAUCCCCUUGCUCCCAAAGAUUCUGGAAAUCGUGGGCCUUGGGUACACCAUUUGGUUCGGCACACGGUAUCUCCUUUUCAAGGAAAACAGAGAUGAGCUGCUCGUCAAAGUCGAGGAUCUCAAGAGGAGAAUUUUUGGAUCCUGUGAUGAAUGAUAAGUUAGCAUGCGAUUGGGCUUUAGUGCCGUUUACAGUUUGUUAGGCCUUUUCAAUCUUGACGCUGAAACAGUAAUGGCGGCACCUUUGAUGUCCACUGCUGUUUCUCGACCAUGUUUCAGUUGUUUUUUCAGCUCGCGUUGGAAGAUAGAUGCAAUGCAUCAUGGAUUCACAGCCAAUUUUGUCAGAUUGUUCAUUUACGUCUCACAUGAAAAAUAAAAAUUAUUGGUUGUGAAGA